GUAAAAAUAAAUCUUCGUUUUUCAAAGAGUGUCACGUGUUUGUUACCACCACUCAAUUCACAUAUGAGCCUAUUUUAAUGUACUUCGAUCUCGUCAUUAAUUCGUCAAAUAUUUUGCACUCUCGAAAUGUUGUUCACUGUUUUACGAACGAUUAAAAUCAAUCUUAACUAGAAAUAUGAUAUCUCCAGAGGAUUCGUAAACCAUUAACGUUGAUCCCGCAUGCCGUGCACUGCAUCAUCGUCCUGCCUAAAAUAUUGCACUGUAUUUUUUAUUACUUUGCCAAACGCGUUACACGCACAAUAAAUAAGAAAUUAUGGCUGCCUACAUCAAUCGUACAGUAUCUAUGAUUGGGGGAGACAGCCACUUAAGAUCAACAGAUAUACGAACUGAUAAUUCUCCGCUUCAGAUUUUUGUUAAAGCGAAGAAAAAGAUCAAUGACAUAUUUGUGGAAAUAGAAGACUAUGUACAGGAUACUGUUGGGUUCAUGAAAUCGCUGCAAGCGGAACGUAAUAUCGUUACCGCAGAAGAGGCAGAAAGAAUUGAAAGCUAUGUUGACAAAGUGCAUGCAAUUAGAGAUGUACUUAAAAGGGAUCACAUGAAAGUUGCGUUUUUUGGAAGAACUAGCAACGGGAAGAGUACAGUUAUUAAUGCAAUGUUACGUGAUAAAAUUUUGCCAAGUGGGAUAGGACACACCACAAAUUGUUUCUUACAAGUUGAAGGUUCAGAUAAUGGUGAAUCUUAUUUGAUCACAGAAGGAUCCACUGAGAAACAACCUGUUCAAUCGGUUGGCCAAUUAGGUCAUGCUCUCUGUAAAGAAAAAUUAUGUGAAAGUCAUCUAGUCAGAAUAUUUUGGCCAAAAGAAAAAUGUUUAUUAUUAAGAGACGAUGUAGUAUUUGUUGAUAGUCCUGGAGUCGAUGUAACACCAAAUCUAGAUGAAUGGAUUGACAAACAUUGCUUGGAUGCAGAUGUUUUUGUGUUAGUAGCUAAUGCUGAAUCUACUUUAAUGGUGACAGAGAAGAACUUUUUUCACAAAGUGUCUACAAAGUUAUCUAAACCAAAUAUCUUCAUUUUGAACAAUAGAUGGGAUGCAUCUGCUUCGGAACCAGAAUUUUUCGAACAGGUGAGGGCACAGCAUCAAGAACGGGCUGUCGAUUUUUUGUCAAGAGAAUUAAAAGUUUACACGCCCAAAGAUGCCGAAGAACGAGUUUUUUUCGUUUCAGCAAAAGAAACGCUACAAGCACGUAUGCAAGAACAACGUGGACAACCUUCUCAUAAUGGUGCACUAGCAGAGGGGUUUCAAACUCGAUAUUUCGAGUUUCAAGAUUUCGAACGAAAAUUUGAAGAAUGUAUCUCAAAGUCUGCUGUGAAAACGAAAUUCGAACAGCACUCUCAACGUGGAAAACAUAUCGCUACAGAAAUACGACAAACUUUGGAUGAGAUAUUGGACAGGACGCAAAAAAUGAAAAGUGAACAACUGCACGUUAAAAAAGAUGUCCAUGACAAAUUGAAUUACACAGAACAACAGUUAAUGUUGCUGACUCAAGAAAUGAAGGACAAAAUUCAUCACAUGGUGGAGGAUGUGGAGCAAAGAGUGUCUAAAGCUUUGAGCGAAGAAAUUCGCAGAUUAUCCGUUCUUAUUGAUGAAUUCAGUGUUCCGUUCCAUACUGACGCGCUAGUUCUAAAUGUAUAUAAGCGGGAACUUCAUGCACAUGUAGAAAAUGGCUUAGGUUCUAACUUAAGAGCGAGACUCAGUACCGCAUUAGCAUUGAAUAUUGAAAACUCUCAGAGAGAAAUGACAGAACGUAUGGCAAGCUUACUGCCAGAGAAUAAAAAACAAAUGUCACUGAACAUUUUGCCGAGACGAGAGCCAUUCGAAAUUUUGUACAGAUUAAAUUGUGACAAUUUAUGCGCAGAUUUUCACGAGGAUUUAGAAUUUCGAUUCUCUUGGGGGAUUACAGCCAUAAUUAAUAGAUUUGCGGGAAGACAGGGACAAAGAUUGGCCAUCACUAAUUAUGCACAAGAAAUACCGCCAGCGAUUAUGUCUCCUGCGGAAAGCAUCGAUUCUGUGAAGUUUAUGUCAACUACCUCAAACCAUCAACCAAGAUCGGACGAUUGGUCAUUGGCUACUAAAAUCGCGGUAGCAUCGAUAACUUCUCAAGGAACUAUGGGAGGACUUAUAGUUGCUGGAUUUAUGUUAAAAACAAUUGGUUGGAGACUCAUAGCAGUGACCGGUGCUAUAUAUGGUGCUCUGUAUCUUUACGAACGAUUAACGUGGACUAAUAAAGCAAAAGAACGUGAAUUUAAACAUCAAUACGUAUCUCACGCUACAAAAAAAUUGAAACUAAUAGUAGAUCUCACAUCUGCGAAUUGCAGCCAUCAAGUGCAACAGGAGCUAUCCAGCACUUUUGCACGUCUCUGCCAUUUAGUGGAUGAAACAACAUCUGAAAUGGAUAGUGAAUUAAAAAAUAUUGCAAGUACGAUACGAAAAUUAGAGGAAGCAACUAGUAGCGCUAAAGUUUUACGAAAUAAGGCUAAUUAUUUAACGAACGAGCUCGAUUUAUUCGAUGCAGCGUAUUUAAAGUCUUUAAAUUAAGCCUCAAGCAUCAUUUUUAAAAGAUAAUAUGAGUCAGUAAAUAUUAAUGUUGAUAACGUUCAGUGUUUCAGAAAAUGUAUCUAUGCACGAUAUCUAUGACAAUUGAACUUCCUAAUAAAACGCUGGCCUGGAUAUGUUUUCUGAGACAAUUUAUGCAUAUAGAAAGAAUCUUUUUACGAAAAAAGAAAAAAUUGAAUUCUCUGUAAUUCAAACAACAGCAUAAUUCAUUUUUAAAAAGAUUAGCGCAAGAAGUUUUACUUAUCA